GAAAGACAUGCGCUGCUUUCGCUUUCCACGGGAUUAUGAAAAGAGAAAAGCAGGGUAGUCGAAAGUGAGUCGUAUGGACUGGAAUGCGAAUGAUAGCUCGAAGAUCUACAAGGUUUUCGAGAACUUUGAAAACAUCGUUGCUAUUUUCGACAUUGACAAGGAUGGAGACCUUGAUUGCCUUACGGCCGUGCGGACAGACUACAACAGAGGUGCACGGAGUACUAAAUAUGUGUGGAUUCUCAAAGGACUACAUGGUCAUCAAUCGCGCAAUGUUACAUAUCUAGUUCUUGCGGGGCCGGAGCGUGGCGAGUUUAUGUUCAAGAACCUAGACGAUGACGGUCCUUUUCAGAAGGGUAGCUACGACUACUCAGACUACAAAAACUGCAUCGUCAUGCGAAUUCCUUACAACAGCGGGGAAGAAUGCGUACUUUGGGUGACCGAAGAAGUCAAGAACAACAUUCCGCAAAAUUGCAUGGAUUACUACGAAGACAGCUGCGACAACGCUAAGCUGGCAUACGACAAGGAAAGCUGUGAGGGUGUCCAUAGUUAA